GCAGCCAAUCAGCAGCCGAGUUUGUCGCACGCGUGUAUUGUUUAAACUGCCGAGAGCGAGCGCAGCAACUCUAAGCCAGACUUCCACACGCACACGGAGCGAUGGCGGCCGCCGUGUCCGUUAGCAGAGGAGGAGAGGAAGAGCAGUGCUGCGCCGUUUCUAGCAUUUCCAACCGUGCGCUUUUUGAGCGCCAAGGUCAAGCCGAGGCCGAAAAGAAGUCCGAAGCUGAGCAGUACGACGGAGGGUCGCCUCCACCCGGGAGCGAGUAUCAACGCAGGGCUGAGGACGAGCUGACAGCCCUGAGUCCCGAGGAGGUGGCCAGUCGGCUGGAGAGAACUCGGAGAGAGUUUUACAACCGCCGCAAAAUCAUCAUUAAAAACCUCCCCGCUGAUAUCAGCAAUCAGGAGGUGCACGAGUUGUUAAGAAAUUAUGAUCUGAAGUACUGCUUUGUGGACAAAUACAAAGGAACAGCUUUUGUAACUCUGCUGAAUGGCGAGCAGGCCCAGGGCGCAAUCAAGGAGUUCCACCAGCAAGUGCUGCGUGAACGGGAGAUCUCCGUGCAGCUGCAGCCUACAGAUGCCCUGCUGUGUAUUGCCAACCUCCCACGGGCCUUCACCCAGCAGCAGUUCGAGGAGCUGGUGCGGCCCUUUGGCAACUUGGAGCGCUGCUUUUUGGUACACAGUGCACACACGGGCCACUCCAAGGGCUACGGCUUCGUGGAAUACAUGAAAAAGGACUCGGCCGCCCGGGCUAAAUCAGAGCUGUUGGGCAAACAGCUCGGCUCGCGAAUGCUGUAUGUGCACUGGACCGAAGUGGGUUCGUUGACUUAUCCCAUGCUGCACUCACGCUGUCUCUGUGUGGACCGCCUUCCCAACAGCCUUCUGACUGCUCAGGAUCUACUGCACACUAUAGCUGACCUGCCUGAGCCCAUCUUCUGUCAGCUUGCUCAAGGACAAGAUGGCAGUUUUCGGCGGUUUGCCAUUUUGGAGUACUCCACACCAGAGAUGGCUGAAGAGGUGCAGCAGUUAACUGACGGAAGGCCGGUUGGAGGUAGCCAUAUUCGUGUGUCCUUCUGUGCUCCAGGACCUCCAGGCAGGAGCAUGCUGGCAGCGCUUAUAGCUGCUCAGACUUUGGCUAUAAACCGAGGGAAGGGUCUCCUUCCCGAACCCAGUGCCAUGCAAAUACUUUCUAGUUUGAGCAACCCGGCAACCAUGAAAAUGCUGCUGACCCCUUUUAAUCAGGGACACAAACAAGGUCUGCUAGGUGCAGCACCGGCGAUGUCUCUGCUGGCCAACCCCGCGCUUUCUGCUGCUCUGGUGCAGCUUCUGCUUCAGAACCAAGUCCAGCAGCAAGCCUUUCUAGGAAACCCCCUUCUCUGGGCACAGGUACUGCACAGUACAGAAAGCCGUCUACCACCCUGUCAGACAGGACUGCUUGGUGAAAAUCCUCUGGCUGCUGUUCCUCUUCAACAUGGCGUUAACAUGCUGGGAGAUCUAUCUCACGGUGCCCUGGCUCCUGGCUUGGGCAUGCAGACUGAGCCUAUGGGCCCCAUAAAGCCGCCAUCCCUGGGACGGACACUAGGGAGGGAGCCAGAAUCCACAACUACGGCAAAUAAUUUUCCCACAAACCCUUCUCCUGCACUACAAGGCAUUCCGCUUCUCAGCAGUGUGCUGGGAGGAGAUGUGUCCACAAUAACAUCGGCAUCUUUAUUAGGAGAGCCACCCAAAGAAAUUGGAGUCUCCCCAAACCCCUUUCUGAAUGCACCCAGUAUAUUUCCAUCUUCUGCCAACUCCAGGCCCCAUCCGUACAGGAAGAGACCAGUGCUAGGUGGAAUGGCUAACCAGCGGCCUCUCCAGAGCAUCAACUAUAAUUAUAACCUGCGCUGCCAAGACUCGUAUGAGUUAACAGGGGUUCACCAGGACCCCCUCUCUCACCUCUAUGAGCAGCUGGAGACUAUGAACAGCACAGGACAUCUGGAUUAUGGAGCAACGCACUCGAGACAUGGGGCCCUCAAUGAGAGAACGUCUUCCUUUCCUUACCCAUCUAGCCCUCCUGGCUCCUCCUACUUUGGCUUUGGUGCCCCUGGCACCGUGCCCUCCACUCAGCUCAAUAAGGCUGUUGGAAUGCCUCCCAUGUCUCACUCCAGUGUUUUCUCUGCUGCUCCUGGAAGUGGAAUCAAGACUCCUGUAGGAGGACAGAAGCGUCUCUUCUCGAGGCUGAUUCCAUCUCCAGAGCCCAGUCCAGAGGGUGGUUACGUAGGCCAGCAUUCUCAGGGCCUCGGGGGUCACUACGCUGACUCCUACCUGAAACGGAAGCGCAUCUUUUAAACCCCCUUCGCUCAUCUGUGCCAUUGUUUAGCCCCUCUGGCUGGCUGUGAAGGACGUGUGGAAAUCCAUCCUAAUAUCCUGUUCUGUUCCAUCAGCGGGAGGUUUUGUUUGUGAAUGAAUUUUCAUUGCGCUUGUAAAUUAUUUUAUUUCCUUUUUUUUUUAAUUUUCAACUUUUAUUUACAUUUUUAAGUUUUCUUUUUCAAGACCGCGAGUACCUCACAAAGCAACAAAAAAAAAUCCCCCUUUUUCUUUUUUGUUAAUCAGACUCCUGUUUUGAUGAACUGUUGUGUAUAUAGUUGAGUAGCAUUUAUGACGAAUGGCCUUCCUUUUCUCUUGGUUCUUGGAAACCGUCUUGUUGCGUCAUGUAUUUGUGUGAUUAGAUCUUCAGGUGGUUGUCAUCUGUCCCAGCGGCAGCAGCAACAGAGGCUGCUCUGCUCAUCCAUGUUCUUUCCACACCCACACCCCUCUUGCUGGGCACCAUGUUAGAUUAGUAUUUGUGUUGAACCUUUCUUCGUCCCUCCGCCUUCUCACUUAUUCAGCACGAGAUCCAGUUUUCUUGCACUGUGUUGUUUUUCACUUGGAGGAUGCGAGUCACAUGAAAUUUGCUUUCCUCAAUGUGUCCUUUUCUCACUAACCAUGUGGGUUAAACUGAACCUGGUGCCCCCUCCACCCUGUUCAAAAACUUUACUUUGUCUUCCCCUCCUGCUGUUUAUUCGGUGUGUUCCUGUUCCCCACCCGCAAUCCUCUCCCAUUUCACUCAGUACUUGCCCCUGUACAAUCAGCAGAGGGAGCUGGUACAGUUUGACAACUGAUCUCCUUUCCUUUUUUUUUCAUUUUUUUAUAAUGUUUUAUUACUGAACACCAGACAGUCUGGUGCAGGCCGGACCUGUGCUCAAACAUAUUUUUAUUUAUUUUAUUUCCUUUUUUUUUUUUAAUUCUUUGUAUAAUUAUUACCAUUACUGCUGCAAUUGUGCCAACUCCAUGUUGUGGGGGAGUUGUUCUCGCUGACUAGAACAUGGCUUGAUUACGAGCACCAGAUCUGUGACUUGCUUAAUCUGUCUGACAUUUCGAUUGUGGUAAAUUAAUCUCUCUCUGCGCUGUAUUGUAAUUCACGAUGGAUUCUACAAAUCACUUUCGUGUCUUAACUCAUGAUGUGUCAGGUCCGAUCUGUCCCACAUUUUCUAUCUAGCCUGUUUAUUUGCUGUGUACAUACCGGAGCUUGUAUAUUUUCUUUGGGAAUUUUUGGCUUUUUUUUUUUCCUUUAUCUUGUCUGUAAUUAGAGUGGAAAUGCUGCUGUAAUUAUUGUAUUUUUUUUUUGAGUGAAAUUGCAGCAUCUUUCUGGAAGAUGAAGAUAAAGAUGGUCUCUAAUGCUAUACGGACUACUGCUGUAUCGUACAGAACCAAAUGGACUUCAUCUGUAAAAUGACUAACUUGCGCACCAUCAUUUUUACAGAGAUGCCAUGUUUUUGUGACCUGUAUUUCAGCAAGUAAAUGUUGUAUAAGUUCA